AAAUUAGAUGAAAGUUUUUCAAAAUUAAAAUGGAGGAAACCAAAAUAUAUAAAUUUAUUAAGAGUCUUACCGAAAGAGCGGAGAAAGCCGAGGACCGACGUCGUUUUGUUUUUCGAACUUUUUUGCUGUUCAUCGCAUUUCUGCUGCUUGCCGUACUCCAAUGGAUAGCGAUUACGGCCUUGGCUGGAAACAAAAUUACUGCCCUGGUGUAUAGCCAUGAGUCGGCACUGUUGAUUGUGUUCUUCAUGAGCAUCAUGUUCUUCCUGGUGUUCGCCGUUAGCUCCCAAAUAAGGAAAAUGGCUUGCAUGAACUGGGUCCUUACUCUGCUGGUAAUCGAGGGCCAGAUCUUGGCCAUCGGGCUCCUGGUUGUCAAUACAAAUAUGCUGCGACUGUUGAUUGGCUUUCUAGCUGCCUUGAUAUUCAUAGUUAUGUCUUCGUUAAUUGCUAUAUUUGUAUCGUUUGACCUCACGAAAUAUGCAACAUUAUUGUUCUUGGUGGACUUCCUUUUACUUGUGUUCUGUAUUUAUACUAUCACCUACUUCCUAAUCCUACAUCUGAGUUGGCCCUUUUUCCUGUAUGCUUUUAUCGUCGUGAUGCUGGUGUUGCCCAUUGUGAUGUAUCAUGUGCAAUCGGUUAUGGGUAAUGGCCAAGAGCGGACCGGGCUGAAAGAUGACAAGUUAUCCGCGCUGCUAUUGUUUCACGACUUUCUGGCCCUGUACAUGCUAACAUUUUACUGGCGACCCACUAAAUAAAAGCCAUGUUUCAGACA